UUUACCGCGUACGAAGCUCUGACACAGCGCCGGCUCAGUGUUAGACAGUGAAACAUCGAGUAACGGAUACGUCUGUCUAUUUCAUUGAAUACUUAGACGUUAGAAAUUUUACGUUAGGAAUUUUAUUUUAAAGCAAGUUAUGGCAAGAGGAGAAGGCGCAGAACAAUAUUCCGCUACAAGUUUACUACAAAAUAAACCGACCGGCCAAGAUGGGAUAAAAAUAUCUGUAAAGCAUGACAGAAAGAGUCGGCUGUCCGUAUGCAGCAAGCUUUGCUACGCCAUCGGAGGAGCGCCCUACCAGAUCACUGGAAGUGCCCUGGGCUUCUUCCUGCAGAUAUACCUGCUGGAUGUGGCACAGUUGGACCCCUUCUAUGCCUCCAUCAUCCUGUUCGUGGGCCGCGCCUGGGAUGCCGUGACCGACCCAACUGUGGGGUUUCUGGUGAGCCGGAGUCCAUGGACCCGCUAUGGCAGGAUGAUGCCCUGGAUCAUCUUGUCCACCCCGCUGGCGGUUCUGUGCUACAUCCUGGUCUGGUGCGUGCCUCCGUUCCAGCAGGGCAAGGUGGCCUGGUACCUGCUCUUCUACUGUCUCUUCCAGUCUCUGCAGACGUGCUUCCAUGUGCCCUACUCUGCCCUCACCAUGUUCAUCAGCUCCGAGCAGGAAGAGCGGGACUCAGCCACUGCCUACAGAAUGACCAUAGAGGUGCUGGGCACAGUUAUCGGCACAGCAAUCCAGGGACAGAUUGUGGGCGGAGCAACAGCCUCCUGCAGUCCAGGAGAUUUCAAUGUACAGGACGUGUUGAAUACCUCUGCUCUGGAGCUCGGACCCCAGCUCAAUGUUUCUCACGUGUCUCUGGAUGAAACGAAACAAGCCUAUGUAACUGCCUCUUUGGUCAUCGGCGCUGUGUACGUCCUCUGUGCCAUCGUCUUGCUGCUGGGUGUUAAGGAGAGGAAAGGCCCAGGCAAGCUGAAGUCCCAGCGCCCCAUGUCCUUCCUGGAGGGCCUGAAAUUGGUGAUGGGUCAUGGGCCUUACGCCAAGCUGGUCAUGGGCUUCCUCUUCACCUCCCUGGCAUUCAUGCUGCUGGAAGGGAACCUUGCGCUAUUCUGCACAUACGUCCUGGGCUUCAGAAAUGACUUUCAGAACAUCCUGCUUGUUAUCAUGCUGUCUGCGACUCUGAGCAUCCCGUUCUGGCAGUGGUUCCUGACGCGCUUUGGGAAGAAGACCGCCGUUUACGUCGGCAACUUGUGGGCAGUGCCAUUCCUGAUCCUGCUGGUCUGCAUUAGGAGCAACCUGGUGGUGGCAUACGUGGUAGCUUUGGGAUCGGGGGCCAGCGUGGCUGCUGCAUUCCUUCUGCCCUGGUCCAUGCUCCCAGACGUGGUGGAUGAUUUCAAGCUGAAGAACCCGGACGCUCGCGGUCACGAGGCCAUCUUCUACUCCUUCUACGUCUUCUUCACCAAGUUCGCCUCGGGCGUGUCUCUGGGCAUCUCUACACUCAGUCUGGAUUUUGCGGGGUACAUUACGCGAGGGUGCACACAGCCUGAAGCUGUGAAUUUAACCCUGAAGAUGCUGGUUAGUCCUGUGCCCAUCGCUCUCAUAAUUGCGGGGCUCCUCAUUUUCAAGACGUACCCUAUUGAUGAGGAAAAACGCAAGUGCAACCACAAACUCCUGCAGGGGCUCCGGGACAGUGAGGACUCUCUAUCGAGCUCUCCAGAGCUGGGGACUGUGGUGUAGUAGCCACACAAGGCAGCUUGGGGCGAGUGUUACUGUAAUGUUUGUAGCAGUCACUGAAAGAGACCAAGCUGCCAUGGUGUCUAGGCACGUUUUUUGUUCCUGUGUUUUUUUUUUUUUUAGUGUACUAACAGAGGGAACAUUCACUGCAAUUCCACACUGCUCUUGUUACCCUACCAACAGUGAGAAGAUUCGAAUGCUAGGCCGUCAUCUGCGGCACCCUCUG